AUGUCUCCAACUGAAAAGAGUGAUGAUGCCAAUGCAUCCUUGACCCCGCUUCAACAUGAGGAUUCUUCCAAACCUAGCUCUAAGAUUGGAACCUUUCAGUUGUCAUCUCUUAUCCCCGACGAUCCAGCCUUUACGCCACUACUGUAUAGAUUACGCGAGGAGACCUUCCAUAACAGAACUGUGCAGGUCCGGCACGGGUCAUAUCUCAGGCGGUUCACAAAAGAUCCAGCCCGCAACCUAGGAAAGGCAAUAACCGAGGCCGGAAUCAAUGUGGAUGACUUCAUGAGCGAGUAUGGAUUGACAGGAUGCAUCGUCGUCCAAGAUGGGGCCAUACGACUGGAGGAGUAUCGACAUGGUAACACCCCCGCAUCUCGCAACGACAUCCAGUCCAUCACCAAGUCAUUCGUGUCAACCUUGAUGGCCAUCGCGCAGCAAGAAGGCAAACUCUCGGUCAACGAUCCCGUCUCCCGCUACGUGGAGGAGUUAAAAGACACCGCAUGGGCCGACGUCACCCUUCGCGCUCUGGCCAGCAUGUCGUCAGGCGUCGUUGAGCAAUGCGACGACCCUCGGCCUGCCGACAUCCCAAAUCCAUAUUGGGCGACCCACCUCUAUCCAUCGCAGGAUCCCAACGCCGUUCUUGAGUGGUUCAAGACCUUUAGAAAGGUGGCUGAGCCAUGGGAGGAAUUUCAUUACUACAACCCGAGCUACUAUGCACUGUCAACGGCGAUUUCUCGAGCUGUCGGUGAGCCUCUGGAGGAUUAUCUGUCUCGGAAAAUCUGGGAUCCUGCGGGCAUGCAGUAUGAUGGAUACCUCAGAACCACUGCGGCUGGCAGAGCAGAUGGGCAUGGUGGUUUAUCCAUUACAUUGUCCGAUAUGGCUAGGUUUGGAUCGUUCGUCUUGGAAGACUUCAAGACCGAAGGAGCCGGCCCCAGCGUACCUAAAGGAUGGUUCCAAGAGAUCUCUGAAGGUCGGACUAGCACUGGGCCAAGGGCUCCAGGCGUGAACGGCAUGGUAUCGGAUUUUGGGUACGAGACCGGCUGGUGGGUGCCGGCCAGAGAAGGUGACUUGGCUCAACUCGCGGAGCUAAAAGCGUUUGGCGGCACCGGAAUGUAUGGGCAAUCCCUCAUUAUCAUUCCUAAACUGCAGACUGUCGUGGCGAUUCAGUCAGGUUACCAUGAUGCUUCUACCAGCGACGUUUAUAGCCACAAUGCAAGGUUCACUGCUACAGUUGCCAGCAUUAUAGCACAAGGUAAAUAG